AUGGAUAGUGGAACUAAAGUGCGGUGGAUGUUUGCCAAAUGGAGUGAUGAAUAUGAGCGAGGAGUAGAUGAAUAUGUACAAAAGGCUUUUGCUUCUAAGUCUCAAGGAAAUCAAAUUUGUUGUCCUUGUGAAAGUUGUCAUUAUCGUUUUUGGUGUCAUGAAGGUGUUGUGAGAGAUCAACUUAUUUGUAAUGGUUUUGUUCCUCGAACAGUUAAGUUAUCAGAGUUAGGGAUCAGCAUUGAAAGGGAACAAACUAUUUUGGAUAAUGAUGAAGGGUCAAACCCAAAUGAUUUUAAUGAUGACAUAGUAGGGUUGUUGCAUGAUGCACGUGAUGAUUUUAGAAAGGGGCCAAAUGACGAGGCAAAAAAGUUUUUUAAGUUAGUUGAAGAAGGCCAGGAAGAAUUAUAUCUCAGUUGUAAAAAUCAUUCAAAACAUUCCUUCAUGAUCCGAAUUUUUAUUUUGAAGUGUGAUCAUAAGCCAACUAAUGUUGCUUUUGGAGAUAUAUUGGAGCUUAUAAGGGAGGUGUUACCUGAUGCAAAACUGCCAGCUUCUUUUAAUGAAGCAAAAAGUGUUUUGAAAGUGUUGGGGUUGGAUUACACUAAGAUAGAUGCAUGCCCAAAUGAUUGCAUGAUAUAUUGGGAAGAGCAUGAAAACGCAACAAGUUGCCAUGUUUGUGAGACGCCAAGAUGGAAAUCAAAUGACACAGAGAAUGGCAUACAAAAUGAAAAUGGAAAGACCUAUAAGAUUCCUCAAAAUAUUCUUAGGUACUUUCCAAUAAAGAAAAGGCUUCAACGGCUAUUUAUGUGUCAAGAGACGGCGAGAUACAUGACUUGGCAUCCUGAUGGGCGUGAAAAUGAUCAUCUUUUACAUCAUCCAGUUGAUGGUCAAGCUUGGAAGGAAUUUGAUUCUUUAUAUCCAAAGUUUGUUGAUGACCCACGCAAUGUGAGGCUUGGGUUAGCCACAGAUGGAUUUAGCCCGUUCAACUCAAUGAGCAUUGUCCAUAGUACAUGGCCAGUUAUGUUGAUUAAUUAUAACUUGCCUCCUUGGAUGAUUAUGAAGCCCGAGUAUUUGAUGCUAGCCUUAUUAAUUCCUGGUCCGUCUUCCCCUGGCAAUGACAUUGACAUAUAUUUGCAGCCACUUAUCAAGGACUUGAAGGAUUUGUGGGAGUUUGGGUUGGAAACUUAUGAUGCUUCGACUAAUCAAAGGUUUGACAUACAUGUAGCAUUGAUGACUAUCGUGAGUGAUUUUCCAGGUUAUGCAAUGUUAUCUGGGUGGAGCACAAAAGGAUACUUGGCAUGCCCUGAAUGUCAUUACGAAACAGAUUCUGAGUGGUUGCUUUAUAGUGGUAAGAAUGUGUAUAGGGCAAAUCACAUUUCUCAGAAGAACAAGGAUAAUGUGAGUGCUCGUCAAGAUUUGGUAGAACUUAAUCUGAUGCCAGAGCUUCAACCAAUAGAAUUCAAAGAUGGUAGUGAAGAAUUUCCAAGAUCUCGCUUUUGGAUGUCAUUGGAGCAAAAGCAUAAGUUCUGUCAAGUUAUAAAAAAUGCUAAGCUUCCUCAAGGUUAUGCUUCCAACCUUAGUCGUUGUGUGCAAGUUAGAGAAAGGAAAAUAGCAGGCUACAAAAGCCAUGAUGCUCAUUUUAUGAUGAAUUAUCUCCUACCAAUUGUUGUGAAGACAACAUUACCCAAAGACGUUGCUAGUCCUUUGAUAAGACUUUGUGCUUUUUUCAAAGGUAUAUGGAGUAAAACUAUUGAUCCUCGAGAUCUUGGAAAAUUGCAAUCUGAGAUAGUUAAAACUCUAUGCCUACUUGAGAGGAUUUUUCCACCUGCUUUUUUUGAUAUAAUGGAACAUUUACCCAUACACUUGGUAGACCAAAUUAAUGAGCAAAAGAUUUGUGUAAGUGCUAAAAGGAAAAGAAAAUGGAAUAGUGCUGAAGACCAUAGCAAGGAUUUCAUGGAUUGGUUUAGGGAGAAAGUUGAUUUGAUUCUUAAAGAAGGCCAUGAUAAUAUCCCGGACCAUAUUUUGUGGUUAUCAAAAGGUCCCUCUCACAUUGCCAAAAAGUACACAGGGUACUCAGUUAACGGCUAUAGGUUUCAUACCAUGAAGCGAGAUGCAAACUGCAUAACUCAAAAUAGUGGCGUCACUCUAAUAGCCAUUACACAUAGCUUUGCAAGCUCCAAAGAUCAAAAUCCUGUUUUGGGAAAUGUUAAUUAUUAUGGUUCAAUAACUGAAAUCAUUGAGAUAUCCUAUCAUGUUCAUUUCAGUGUUGUCUUAUUUAGAUGUCAAUGGUUUCACUCAAUAAAGGACGAUGAUGAGCUUAUUACGGUUAAUAUGAAUAAGACCGUUUCUAAAGAAGAACCUUUUAUCUUAGCAACUCAAGCACAUCAAGUGUUUUAUGUAGAAGAUUUGAAUAGAGAUGGUUGGCAUUAUGCUAUUCAAAUCCCUCCUAGAGAGCUUUCGGAUGGAAAUAGGCACGAAGUUGUUGUGUCCCAAAGUCAGGUUCUAGAAUAUGAACUACAAAGGCUUCAAAAGUUAAAGUCUAAUGCAGAACAAAUGAAAGCCCAAGGAUCGGGAUCCUUGGCUAAUAAGAUAUUAUCAGUUGCAAAGGAAAUUAUAUUUGAAAGAAGCAUAUUAGAGGGUGUAUGUGAAAUAAUGAAACCUGCACCAGUCUCAAAGCUUCAUAAUUCAUAUGUUCGCCCACGAACUACGGCUGUUGGUGAGAUGAAUAGCCAAAAAAAGCAUCAUGUUGAUAAAGUUCAUGACAUUAACUCAACUAAAGCAACCAAGAAAGUUCAUAAUCAAUGCAUCCAAAAGAAGCAGCAAGAGCAGCAAGUUGUGUCAAAAUGA